AUGGACGCGGACGAGAGGACGAGGUUGUUAGGCCCGCCCGACCUUCAACUGCCUUCCGUCCCAUCCCCCCAUCCGCAUAAUGUCGACUUGGAAGGAAAGCCAGCGUCAUCCUCAUCGUCGGCCGAGAUCGCUAUCGAACCGGGAUCGGCGGAAGAACGAGCGAUCCUCGACGCAGACUCGGAAACGCCAGAAGAAGGGGUCUGGUACCGCGGUCCGCUGUUCGAAGCGGGUUGGAAGUUGGGAUUGAUGUUCCUCUUGUUUACGGGGGUGAUCGUUGGGGUCGGGUGGUUUGCCCUGCCAGCGAUGGAUCCGGCGGACAAGGCUGCUUUGCGGCUGCCUAGGUCGUUCCAGGACUUGCAGACCCUCAACACCUUGUUCCAAAAGUACAAGAGCAACUACCCAAUCCGGAUCUUGACAGUCGGAUGUGCUGCUUACCUCUACGUCCAGAUGUUCUCCUUGCCCGGGUCGAUGUACAUUUCCAUCUUGUUCGGAGCGGCGUACGGUGUCUUCUAUGGCUUGAUCUUGAGUUGCCUGUGCGAAUCGUUCGGAGCGUUGUUAUGCUAUGCCCUGUCGGCAGUCGUGGGACCACCGUUGUUGACGAUCCCUUCAUAUCGACAACGAUUGGAAGCUUGGCGUUCCAAGAUCAUGGGCGAUCCGACCAAGGGCGAGGCCGUCACUUGGGACGGGGUGUUUGCGUUCCUGAUCGUACUCAGAAUCUCCCCCUUCCCUCCACACUGGGUCGCCAAUGUCGUCGCCCCACACCUGGACAUCUCCCCUAUCCUCUUCUGGUGUGCGUGUUUCAUCGGAAUCGGACCCGUCUCCGUCAUCCAUGUGACGAUCGGGUCCGGACUGGACAAGAUGACUUCGGCCGAAGAUUUCCAUAUCUUGAGUCUGAGGAACGUCUUGGGGUUGAUCGGCAUCGGGGUGGCGGUGAUGAUCCCCACGGCUUUAAAACGGAUCUUCAAGAAGGAUCUCUCUGGCUUGGGAGAGAACGAGGCCGUGCUCCACAAAGCGCAUAUCCACGUCCACGACGUCUCCCCCGACUCCGAGCUCGGCUCGCAUACCGAACCGCAACGACGUGGGCAUGGCGAGACUUCCUCGAUGUCCGGCUCGGAGGGGUCCGAUUCUGGUCAUGAAUACAGUUACGAUCCCGAACGGGACGUCGAUGCUGGGUUGGGGUUGAUCUCACCCAACGUACUGAAUCGGGAAGGGUAUUACUGGUCCUCUGCAAAAAAGGGACGGGGGAAAGGGGGAGAGUACAUGGAUCUCGACGAGGCGUUGAGUAUCAUACAACAAGAGGAAGAGCACGUGAGUCCCUCAGAUCUGAACAGUCUUGCUGGCUAUUGGAAGAUGUAA